AUGUCUCAAAUCGAAAAACUUCUUUCUGUAAAAGGAAAACCAAUGAUUCAUCACGAAGGUUACAUCUACACUGUAGAACAUACAACAUCGACGAAAUUGAUCUUUCGUUGUCAGAAUCGAGAUUGUAAAGCUCGAUGUCAUACCAAUUUAUCUAUGGACGUAUUUCUCUCACAACCAACAGCCCACGGUCAUGCUCCUCAACCUGAUCGUGUGCCUGCUAUUCAAUUAAAAAAUGAAAUUAAAGCUCGUGCCGUAACAACAGAUGAAUCAACCAGCUCCAUUAUUCAUUCUGCUUUGCGUACGUAUCCGUUGAGUGCUGCUGGUGAACUUCCAAAAAAUGAAGCACUUAUGCUACUGAUUCGACGACAGCGUACUGUUGAAACAGUCGAUGCCGAUGGUUGUUUACCAGAAAAAUUAAGAAAGACAUAUCGCGAUGAAGACUUCAUCUUGCACGAAGACAAAAAUUUAAUUAUCUUUACAACAAAAACAAAUUUAUCGAUUCUGAAGCAAAAUAAACAUUGGUUCGCUGAUGAAACAUUCAAAGUGUGUCCUGAUGAUUAUUAUCCAUUAUUCACGUUACACGCGAUGAUGACUAAUGCAAUUAUCCCUCUCGUCUAUGGAUUAUUAAUUGGCAAAAGUGCUCAAGAUUACAAUUCACUCUUCGAAAAAGUAUUAGUACAAGACAAUUUUCAACCUGAAUCAAUUAUGACUGAUUUUGAAACUGGUACAAUCAAAUCCGUUAGAGGAAAUGUUGCCAAACGUUUUACAUAA